CCCCAAGUAAGAAAUAUGGCUGGUAGUGGAGACCUUAGUUCUAUAACAGCAAAAACAGGCGAAAAUGCGGUUAGGAGGCCACGAGGCAGGCCCGCCGGAUCCAAAAACAAGCCGAAACCACCCAUCAUCAUCACUCGUGACAGUCCCAACACGUUACGGGCUCAUGCCAUGGAGGUUAGCCCCGGGUGUGACAUUGGUGAGAGCUUAGCCACUUUUGCUAGGAGGAAGCAACAAGGGAUAUGGGUGCUAAGUGCCGCUGGGUUUGUGAGUAACGUCAUGUUACGCCAACCAUCACCAUCACCUUCCGGUCCGGGCUCUGGGCCUAUAGUCACCCUUCACGGCCGAUUCGAGAUUCUAUCAUUGGUGGGUUCGGUAUUGCCGCCACCAGCUCCGCCAGGUGUCACUGGCUUAGCCAUAUAUCUAGUGGGCCCACAAGGUCAAGUCGUGGGUGGUGCCAUUGCUGGCCCACUCAUGGCCUCUGGACCUGUGGUGAUCAUGGCGGCCACUUUCAUGAAUGCCACUUUCGAUAGGUUGCCCAUUGACAAGGACGAAGCGAUCGCGGCUACUACUACGCAUGAUCAAUCUCACCACCGUGUUAUUGGUGUUUCAGAUAUCUAUGGCCACCCUCAAAACAUGCUUUCUAACACCACCCUCCCUCCUCCCGAGAUUUAUACUUGGUCAACUGCGCGGCCGUUGUCCAAGACAUGAGUAUAACAUUGGCAAGUGAUUCUCUAGACAACUAUGUCGACGCAAAAAAAAAAAAAAAAAAAAAAAAAAAAAAAAAAAAAAAAAAACUAUAUAUGUUUAAUUUGUAUUUUAUAUGUUUCAAAACUUAAGCAAGCAGAAAUAGUACUAUAGGGUCAACAAACGAUUAUGACAUUAAUUUCGUGUUUGAACGUUUGAUAUGUAAACUUUUAUUAGUGAUAUGAUCAAACUUUGACGCUCC